AUGGGGGAGAAGCCUUCACCAUCACUUGAAGAGUUACUGAAGACUUACAUAGUGGACUCCAAGAUCUUUCCAAGUGAUACGGAGAAUAAUCCAAAAGAGUGUAAUGCAAUUACUUUGAGGAGUGGAAAAGAAUUAGAUACUCCUACAGUUGAGAAGAAAAAGGUUGAUGAGAUCCCAAUGAAUGGUGAGAAAGAAGAAGACAAGAAAAAUGAGAGGAUUCCGAAGAAAUAUCCAAUAGUGGCUAAUCCGAGUUCAAUUACUUUUACGGACAACACACCCAAGAUUACUACUCCAUUACCAUUUCCUCAAAGAUUUCACAAGAAGGCGAUUGAUGAAAAUUUUGCAAAGUUCUUGAAUAUUUUCAAGAAAAUACAUAUUAACAUUCCUUUUGUAGAUGCCAUUGAACAAAUGCCAAACUACGCUAAGUUUAUGAGGGUGGUGAUGUCUAAGAAGCGUAAGUUAGAAGAUUAUGAAACAAUGAAGUUAACGAAAGAAUGUAGUGCCAUUAUUAAGAGACAAUUACCGGAAAAGUUGAAAGAUCCAGGAAGUUUUACAAUUCCAUGUGUUAUUGGUGAACUACAUAUUGAGAAGGCCUUGUGUGAUUUGGGUGCUAGUAUCACUCUAAUGCCUCUCUCUAUCUUUCGAAAACUCAAUCUUGGAGAGGUCACACCAACUAUUAUUUCCUUACAAUUGGCGGAUCGUUCUUUGACGUAUCCUAGAGUUAUCAUUGAAGAUGUUCUUGUGAAGAUUGAUAGAUUCAUUUUUUUGAUUGAUUUUGUUGUGAUUGACAUGGAGGAAGACCAAGAAAUUUUGAUAAUCUUGGGAAGAUCUAUAAUAGCAAUCGAGAAAGCUUUGAUUGAUGUACAUGAUGGUAACAUGACUCUAAGGGUGAAUGUCGAAGAAGUAAAGUUCAAUAUUAGUAAUGCUAUAAAAUUUCCCAAGGAGCAUGUGGAGUGUAAAAGAGUGGAUGUAGUUACUCCAUGCUUAAGAGACUCUUUCAAGACCAUGUUUCAUAAUGAUCCUUUGGAAUUUUUUUUGAUAACACUGAUUUCUAAAGAGGACCUUGGAGUGGAAUUGGGAAUGAAUGAUAUGGAGGUGGUCGAUAGUGUCUUUGCUUUAGAAGCAUUACUGGUAGAAAAGGAGGUGCCUAAAAAGGAAGAUAUCUAUAUGGCUCCAACUCUCGAUAAUAGCUUGGAGAAAAAUAAUACUACUAGUGACGACGUUGUUUUGAAGCAAUUAUCUGCACAUCUUUGGUAUGCAUUUUUGGGUGAUGGAUCUACCAAACCCAUAAUAAUUUCAGCAUCAUUGAAUGAAGAAGAUGAAAGGAAUUUGUUAGAAACUUUAAAGAGGUAUUCAUCCGCCUUUUCUUGGUCAAUUUCAGAUAUUAAAGGCAUUAGUCCAGUGAUUUGUAUGCACAAGAUUCUUAUGGAUGACUCCUAUAAGCCUUCUAUUGAACAUCAAUGUCGUCUUAAUACAACUAUGAAAGAGGUUGUGAGAGCGGAAGUCUUGAAGCUUUUGAAUGCUAGAAUUAUUUAUGCCAUUUCUAUUAGUUCACGGUUAUUAGAGAAUGAUGAGCCUUUUCUUUUUGAUGAGUCAUGUUUGAAAGCUUUUAAUGUCCUUAAAGAGAAACUUAUUGCAGCACCUGUUCUUAUUGUGCCCGAUUGGAGUGAGCCAUUUGAGAUAAUGUGUGAAGCAAGUGACUUUGCUAUUGGAGCAACUCUUGGGCAGCGAAGAGCUCAAGAGAAUUAUACAAUUACCGAGAAGGAAAUGUUAGCGGUGGUUUAUUCUUGUGACAAGUUUCGUCCUUAUACAAUUAGAUCUAAGGUGGUAAUCUAUACCGAUCAUGCAGCUAUUCGGUACUUGUUUGAGAAAAAGGAUGCUAAACCACGCUUGAUUAGAUGGGGGGUAAAUAGUGGAGAUGAUGGUUCAUCAAUUUUGGAAGCUUUUCUGGAUGAGCAAUUAUUCUCGGUGGCAACUAAAAUCCCUUGGUAUGCUGAUUCUGUCAACUAUUUAGCAUGCAAGUGUGCGGAUAUUGUUAUAAGAAGAUGUGUACCGGAAGAGGAAGUAAGUGAGAUUAUAUUCCAUUGUCAUUCUUCUCUUGUGGGUGGCCCUUUUGAAGUUGCAAGGACUGCUGCAAAGGUGGUGGACUAUGUAAGUAAAUGGGUAGAAGUUGCUACAACAACUACAAAUGAUGCUCGGGUUGUAGUCAAAUUUACUCAAAAGAAUAUUUUUUCUAGAUUUGGUACACCGAGAGCAAUACAUAGUGAUGAAGGUACCCAUUUUGAUAAUAAGGGUUUUGAUGCUCAUAUGACAAAGUACGGAGUAAGACAUAAGAAGGCCCUAGCUUUUCAUCCACAAUCAAAUGGUCAAGCAGAGAUCUCUAAUCGGGAAAUUAAGCUUAUCUUGGAGAAAACGGUGCAAUCUAAUAGACAUGAUUGGUCUAAUAAGCUUGAUGAUGCUUUAUGGGCAUAUAGGAUAGCUUUCAAGACACCUAUCAGCAUGUCUUCUUAUCGAAUUGUGUUUGGAAAGGCUUUUCAUCUACCAUUUGAGCUUGAGCACCGUGCACAAUGGGCCAUUAAAAAGCUGAAUUUUGAUUUGAAAGCUUCAGGAGAGAAAAGACUUCUUCCAACUUAA